AUGGCGGCCUCAGGUCCAGGGCCCCGCGGAGCCGCGCGGGAGGCUGCACUCUCCACGCCGGUGCCCCCCGGGCCCCCCGACCCCGCGACCCCCGGCCGGCGCGCCCGCCUUACCAUAGUGCCCGCGGCGGAGGCUGCGGCGGCGGCUCGGGCUCCGGCGGUGUGGCGCUGCGAGGAGAAGGAGGGGCAGGCGGGCGGCGGCGAAUGCGGGGCACGCCGGGAGUGCGGCCCGAGAGGCGGCGGCGGCUCGGGGGGCUGCGGCGCGGGCGGGGCGGUCACGUGGGCACGCCCCGGGCCGGCCCUCCCGCCUGCCGGCCCUCCUCACCCCCCGCGCGUCCUCGGCCUGACCCCGCGCGCUCGGCGGGCCCCCGCGGGCUGUGCAUCCGCGGUGGGAGCCGCGGGCCUAGGCGGGGAGGUCUCCAACCCCGGGGCACCAUCUGUCCGGUCCAGCCGGCUCCCGGGAGGGCGUUUCCACCCUGCCUCCCGAGACAAGGCCGCUGCUCCCGGGGUUGGGCGUGUGUGA